AUGUUGCACAAAAGAUGUUCUGGAAAAAAUGCUACUCAACAGCAAGUCAGGAAAGAGAUACCUGUUGCCUUGUUGAAGUUAGGUGACCAGACUGGUUCUACUUCACCACCAUUAGAGCAUGAGAUCAGUGUCACCCAGGAGAUUGAUAGCGACUGGGAGGAAGAUCUGAGUCAUGAGGAGGAAGAUACUGCAGGAGAAGAUUCUGGUGAAGAAUCUUUGAACAACAAACUAUGUAUAUUCACAGUUACACAGAAAGAAUUUAUGAACCAGCAUUGGUAUCACUGCCACACAUGCAAGAUGAUAGAUGGUGUUGAAGUGUGUACCGUGUGUGCCAAGGUGUGUCACAAAGAUCAUGACCUGACCUAUGCCAAAUUUUACUCAUUUUUCUGUGAUUGUGGAGCCAAGGAAGAUGGCAGCUGUAAGGAGGAGACAGCUCCAUUACCAGGACAGCUGUUGAGGCCCCGACCAACAUCACCACCGCCAGAUAUGAGCCCAUUCUUCCUGAGAGAGUUUGUGAAGGGACAUGCCAAUGAUGUGUUUGAAGACUACCCACAACUCCUGACAGAGAUGGCGCUCAGACUUCCACAUCAGUUAAAGAAGAUUGGAGACAGUGUUCAAGGUGUGUCUACAGCCACAUUUGAUGCUGCAUGGAACACCACACUAGCCGAGUACAUGAUGACACAGAGAACACCAUUUGUCAAAAAACAAGCAAGAAAAUUGCUGCUGUUUAUUAGUGGAUCAAGGGACAGAUACAGAGAGAUAUGUGACCUUUACUUUAUAGAGAAAAACCUGAAUGCUGUCAUUGAACAGUGUAACAAAAGUGGACUUUCCACUACCGAGCUUGCUCCACACAGUGUCAUACUGCCAUAUGACUCUCUACUUGUUCUUAUAGAGCAGUUGAAGGCAUGUGCUGAUAUAGCUGCCAGCCGACCAGAGCAGUUGAAGGCAUGUGCUGAUAUAGCUGCCAGCCGACCAGAGCAGUUGAAGGCAUGUGCUGAUAUAGCUGCCAGCCGACCAGAGCAGUUGAAGGCAUGUGCUGAUAUAGCUGCCAGCCGACCAGAGCAGUCGAAGGCAUGUGCUGAUAUAGCUGCCAGCCGACCAGAGCAGUCGAAGGCAUGUGCUGAUAUAGCUGCCAGCCGACCAGAGCAGUCGAAGGCAUGUGCUGAUAUAGCUGCCAGCCGACCAGAGCAGUCGAAGGCAUGUGCUGAUAUAGCUGCCAGCCGACCAGUGAACUGGCAGAAAUACUGCUCCACAAACCAAGGAGUUUUACCAUUCCAGGUAAAGGCAAGUAUCUCCCUGGACGAGGGUGUGGCACCAACACUUCUACAGCUGCUAGUGUGCUGUAUGUGGAACAGCCGUCGUCAAGACAACACAGUCACAGGAAAUAGCUGCAGGAACAUCACCAAACAAACAGAAGAAGGACAAAGAUAAAGACAAGGAUUCUGAUGAUGGACAGACACAUGAUGAGUCCCUGUGUACCACCUUGAUACAGCUGUUAAACAGAACUACAUGUAUAGACAGAGAUUUGAUGAUGCAUUUUGUGAGGACAUUCUUGCUGGAGUCCAACUCUAUCUCCAUUAGAUGGCAGGCUCACUCUCUUAUACAUCAGAUUUAUAAGAACAGGAAGGUGUAUUAGAUCAGUUAUGGACAUAGUGGAAGGAAUUACCAUUGUAUGGACAAAAGGCAUCCCAGUUUGUUGAUCUCCUUGGCUACUUUGUUCUAGUCACACCACAAAUAUCAGAAAAGAAGACAAAGAAGUACCUUGAUCGAGCCAUUGACUUACUGAAGGAUGAGAAUCAAAUACUAGCCAACCAUCCUAAUGCUCAGAUAUACAAUAUGUUGCAGGGCCUUGUAGAUUUUGAUGGGUAUUAUUUGGAGAGUGGCCCAUGUCUGGUCUUACACAAGCCUGAAGCUGUCAAACAUCAAGGUAGAUUCCAAGUUCACGACAACAACACAGAUUGUGAAACUUGUUGGCAGCUAUACCAUCUCCAAAAUAUCCUUGAGGAUCACUGAACUCAAGAGACUGAACUAAAAUGGUACGAGUGAUGAAUAUAUAUUACAACAACAGGACAGUACAAGCUGUAGUGGAACUGUAAAACAAACCAGGACUUUGGCGCAAGGCCAGAAAGAUGACACUUACUGCAGGUCAGACAGAUACCAAGGUUGAGUUUUAAAUUCUUAUAGUGGCGUGUAAUCUGAUGAUAGAAUAUGCUGAUUUCUAUGACAACCUUCAAGCUACCAGUGAGACAUUACAGUGUCCACACUGCAGUGCCUCCAUCCCAGCUAACCCUGGAGUUUGCGGUAACUGCGGGAAAGUGUGUUCCGGUGUCAUAAAUGCAGAGCCAUUAAUUAUGAUGAGAAAGACCCGUUCCUGUGUAAUGCCUGUGGCUUCUGUAAAUAUGCCAAGUUUGAUUUCACCCCCACAGCCAAACCAUGUUGUGCUGUAGAUCCUAUUGAGAACGAGGAAGACAGGAAG